AUCCCCAGCUGCAGCUGUUCCAUGUCAGGGAGGCUUGAUUAAACAGAACGCAUGCCUCAAGGUGUCUACCUAUAGAGGUCAAAGUUCAUAUUCUUCUCGCGGAGACGCCCAGAUCUUCAUUGACUUAACAGGUAUCUAUACAGGUUUAAAGAUUAUUUCGUACAAUAUGCUUGUGCCAUUAUGUGACGUUUUGAGAAGAUAGUCAGGUUGAAAGGCAUUUGAGUGAUCUGUCCAAAUCCGGGCGCAUGUCCAACAUGAACUUGAACGCAGUUACAGCCUCGAUUCUGUGCAUGUGGGUGACGUCAUGCCUGACCUUUGACCUGACCAUCCUGCACACCAAUGACUGUCACGCUCGCAUCGAGCAAGCGGACGGAAACGGCGGGUCGUGCGGAGACAGUGAUGCUCUGGCCGGGAAGUGCUUCGGUGGAGUGGCGAGGAGACUCACUAAGAUAAGAGAGAUACGGGAAUCUGAGAGCAACGUGCUGCUGUUGGAUGCAGGUGAUCAGUUCCAGGGCACGCUGUGGUUCUACUUCUACUCAGGACUCGUCACCGCAAGGUUCAUGAACGAAAUGCAGUAUGAUGUCAUGGCGUUUGGAAACCACGAAUUCGACAAAAAAGUGGAAGGUGUCAUUCCCUUCCUCAGAGCGAUAAACUUCACCAUGGUGAGCUGUAACAUCGACGCCUCCAGGCAGUCGGAACUGCAGUCCCUGUUCCAGCCGUCGGUUGUGCUGGAGGUGGGAGGGGAGAGGGUGGGCGUGAUCGGGUACACCACCCCCAACACAACUUUCCUGGUCAGCGCCGGCCUUAAUCUCGACUUCCGUGACGAAGUUGCGGCCAUCACUGCGGAGGUUCAGCGUCUCCAGGGGCAGGGAGUGAACAAGCUCAUCGCGCUGGGCCACUCAGGGAUCGACGCCGACAUCACCAUCGCCAGGCAGGUCCCCGGGCUCGACCUGGUUGUUGGAGGACACUCCAACACGUUUCUUUAUAAUGGACCCCCUCCUGAAGACGACCCGAAGUACGGAGAGUACCCGCUGUCCGUCCGAUCGGACGUGGACGGGCGGCAGGUUCUGGUGGUGCAGGACUACGCCUACGGAAAGUACCUGGGCAACUUAAAACUCACAUUCGACGACGACGGAGACGUCACAGCGUUUGAAGGGAACCCGAUUCUCCUGAACGCAUCCGUUCUGCAGGAUAACGAGACUCUAGCAGAAGUCUUAUCGCUGAAAGAGGAGAUGGCGAACCUGACCAAUCAGGAGGCCGGGAAAACUCACGUGUUCCUGGAGGGACGGAGGCAGUUCUGCAGACGGCAAGAGUGCAACCUGGGAAAUGUGAUCACGGACGCUAUGGUGCGACAGAACCUGAAGAACCCGGAUGAGGCGAAGUGGGCUGACGUGUCCAUGGCAGUGUGGAAUUCUGGGGGAAUCAGAGCACCCAUCCCGUUCAGGCCUCCCGACGGUAUCAUCACUACUGCAGACGUGUUGACGGUUCUGCCAUUUCAAAAUACCAUUGACAUCAUCGUCAUUUCCGGUGACGUCAUGUUUCAGAUGUUCGAACAUUCCGUGUCAAACUUGCCUUCAGCAGGUCAAUUCCUCCAAGUCUCAGGAAUCCUCGUAACGUACGACAUCAGCAAGCCGGUCGGGCAGCGUGUGGUGACGCUGGAGGCUGUGUGCACGGAGUGUUCCAUUCCGCAGUACGAGCCGGUGGAGAGGGGACGGCGGUACAAGCUGCUGAUAAACGCCUUCAUGGUGGGAGGGGGUGACGGCUACAGCAUGCUGCCGGAGAACGUGGCGGACGAGGAUCGGGAGCCAAUCGGAUAUCUCGACACGGAAAUGGUGUUAGACUACCUGGCAGAUGCAAGCCCCAUCACAACGGGUCUGGAGAGACGCAUAACGAUCUUGAAUGGUACUGCACCCAACCCCAUGACGCCCAACCCCAUUGCACCUAACCCCACGACACUCAACCCCACGUCAACUGCCUCGUCCAUGUCCACACUGCUAACUAUGUUGUUGUUGUGUUCAAUAAUUGCUGUGAGCCCUGCUUUAUUGCAGUAGCAGUCAUAGAAGUUUUCUGGAAUGUAAAUAUGUCUUCAAAAUAGAAUAUCUUUUGUCGUUAGUUAACGAUUCCUGUCGAUGAUGUAUGAUUUGAAAAUAUGUGUUGGUCUUCGCCAUGAAAAUGUUUAUGUGUGAAAAUUGCUUUUAAUUGUGUGAAUUAGCUAUAGAAAUAUAAUUUGCGGUGGGAUUGCACUUGAACUAGUAUACCAAAUAAAGCGAAGGAAUCCUGCAUCAUGACGUCAUCGGGAGGAAGCAGCUGAUUAAGUCAUGACGCAGGAUUUCUUCACCGUAUUUGGUGAGAUGCCACACUUGGAAAAAUUCUCUUGAAGUUUAGAUGUAAAACGAUUAUCUAUUGUAGGCGCAAUCUGUGCACCCAAUCUACUUAAGGAAAGCCAUGAGCAUGUUUUAGUAAUGUUGUUGUAGUACUGUUGUAGUCAUGGGUAGUGCCUUUGUUUUCAAUCUCCUUUUUUUUGGAAUUUUGGAAUUAGGGCGUUGCUGGGACAAUAUCAGCACUGGCAAUAAAAUGCAAGAAUUCUUUUGAACUGAGAUUGGCAUAGAAACCAUGCCCAUCACUAUUACACAUACACA